AUGUUCAAGAAUUACAAAGAUCUGUGUGAUGUGGUAUCCCUUCUUGUGUAUUGUCCCAGCGAGCGAUGUUAUUUGUUCACAAAGGAGGCGAGUGGAGAAACAUGGCUGCCAUCCAGCAAAUGCGAGAAGAAUUGCUGGAAGAUGACCGCUCAUAAGAUUAAUUUUGAGUUGUUCGGCAUAGACGCUGGUACCAACUGCCAUCCUCUGCGGGUAUACAAGAUCUGGCUGCCGAACCAUUCACUUAACUGCGUGUACCAUGCGGUCUACAAAGUGGCCAUCAAAGCUGACGUGAAAAAGCGGCUCAAAUAUAAAGCUGGUAUGAGGAAUCGGCUGCAGUGGCUCAACAUGUCAGAGCUGGAGCGGCAGAAGGCUCACUCCAACCUUCGUAGUCCAGAAGUCAUUGCCUUCGCUCUCAUGACAAAUGGCGAGCUGAAAGAUUCUGAUAAAGAUUCGGAAGUAGAAUCUGGCUCGUUGAUCGAAAUCUGUGAGGAGAAUAUAGUGAUUGGACAAGACGUUGCUGGUGGGGCAGUUGCCAUGGCCUCCCCUAACCUGCAGCUGCUACAAACUGCCGGCUACACGCGAGAAGAUCAAAUUAGAAUUUAUCGAGAGUUCGUGCUCAUGGUCUACCCAGCUAUUUACAUGAGCGUUAACAUCUUCAGCCAGUUUAUGGUAGAUCUUGGUUGGCAGAGGACUCAGUGCCAAAAUCUGUUCAGAGCGGCAGAUGUAACUGGACGUGGAGGACUAUCAUUUCUAGAGCUGAUGCUGUGGGCAGCUGCGCUAGAACCAGCCACUCAGCACACAGGCAUACCAGCUGAAAUAAGGUGCAGAUACAUAUUCAGGUACUUUGAUAGUAAUCGCGACCUGAAGCUGGAAUAUGUGGAGUUCAAGGAGCUGGUGGCAGCUGCCCGCGCCGCGCGACAACUACCCAUCGAUGCCCUUAGUGUGGCGAGAGAUGCUGAUGUCUGUCUAAGACAACUAGGAAUGCAGCCAAACUCCCAGCUGCCUCUAGCUGAGUUUCUUCGAGGAGUUGGUGAGCUCCGCCUGAGAGGAACAAGCUCCCUACUGCGGGCACCCAGGAGUAUCUCCGCUUACAUUGUGGAUUUGCAAGUACGUGAACAAGAAACGUCACAACCUUCAACCUCGACUACAAUGAAAAUUCAAGCUGGAGCAGGUAACAAAGUUGAGAGUGGACCUGUUCCUCGACCCUCGUACGGCAGUAUCUGA